CAAGAUUAUGCGUCACUGUAUAACUAACGCACGCUAUCCUUCAAAUUUCGUCAAUCUGUUAUGUCCUUUACGGAACUUGAUUAGUGUGAGAAAUGUACGAAUACCGGAUAACAGUGAAGACGGGUGAUCGACCACGAGCGGGUACCAACGGCAACGUUUAUGUUGUCCUAUACGGCGAAGAAGACCUGGUGACCCCUCCUACAAAGCUUGAUGCUUUUUUUCAUGACGACUUCGAGCGCGGACAGACGGACGUUUUCAACUUGAAAAAUAUACAGUUUGAUAAAGUGUCGGUGCUGGAGCUAUGGAGGGACGACGCAGGGUGGUAUACGGAAUGGAACAUUGAUACGAUCACGAUUGAAAACCUUUCGGGAGGAUGGGAAGCCGUGUUCCCAGUGUUCCGUUGGAUAAAGUCGAAUGUCCACUACAAAUUCAGACCAUAUGACACCUGCCUCCCCAAGGACGACAUGUUUCCAGAACAACGCACUCGAGAACUUGAGGAGAAGCGGACGUUGUAUAAAUACUCGCAGCUGGAACCAGGAUUUCCAGUACAAGCGCCUGAAAUCCCCCUAGAUGAAGAGUUUUCAUUCAGUUACCAAUGGGACAUUACUAAGAAGAAGUUGAUUCUCAUGGGGACCAGUAAGUUGAAGACGCUGUUUCGCGGUGACUGGGAGUCGGUGGAAGACGUCGAGAGCAUCUAUGAUGAUAACAUGUUCCCGCGUCCAUCCGACUGCACAAGAUGGCUCAGUGACGAGAAAUUUGGACAGCAACGUUUUGACGGUUUGAACAGCAUGGUCAUUCUUCUGUGUUCGGUGCUGCCUCCGAAGAUGGCCGUUGAUGACGAAAUGAUGCGUCCCUUUUUGCAGGGCCUUUCUCUUGAGGAUGCGAUAAAGUCAAAGCGAACCUUUGUGGUUGAUCAUAGCAUCAUGGAUGGAGUGACCACUCGCCCUGGGGUUUUCUCUUGUGCUCCUAUUGCGCUCUUCUUUCGUCGGGAUGACGGCAAGAUAGUGCCUAUAGCAAUCCAACUGUUUCAGCACCUGGCGCCCGACAAUCCUGUGUUCUUGCCGUCAGACCCCAAAUACACAUGGAUCUUGGCGAAAAUGUGGUUUAACUGCGCGGACGCACAAGUUCAUCAAUGGAUCGCUCAUCUUGGCUUCACCCAUAUCAUCAUGGAAGGCUUCGUUAUCGCCACUCACCGUCAUCUAUCUCAGUCGCAUCCCAUAUUUAAACUGCUGGCUCCGCACUUUUUGUACCUGAUUGCCAUAAACCACCGCGCUGUAGAGACGCUAAUGAACCCUGGCGGCCAUAUUGACAACACUCUCAGUGUGGGCAAAGACGGUGGGGUCCAGUUAAUCGGCCGCCACCGUUCAUUAUGGCGUUUAGACGUAGCCGGUACCCUUCCAGCCGAUCUUAGGACCCGCGGAGUGGAAGACCAAGAGAUAGUUCCUGACUACCCUUGCCGAGAUGACGCCUUGCUCUCUUACAACGCCAUAAGGUCGUACGUAACGAAGUACGUACAUCUCUACUAUGCCUCCGACGAGGUGCUUAUUAAUGAUCCAGAAAUUCAGUCGUGGCGCCGCGACCUUGAUCUCCCAAUGGAGGCUGGAGGCCUUGGAAUCAUAGGAGUCCCCGGAAGUGAUGGAAAGUUUACUACACGUGAUCAAUUUAUCACGGUUCUGACAAGCAUUAUAUACACAUGUAGUGUUGGUCACGCAUCUGUGAAUUUCAAACAAUAUGACGAAUAUGCAUUUCCUAUGAACUACCCGUCAUGGCUGAAGGGUGAUCCUCCGAAGGACAAAUCUGCAAAGACAGAAAGGGAUAUUUUAGACGCCAUCCAUUCACGAAAGGCUCAAAUGAAAGUGAUGUUGGUUUCAAAGAUUUUGAGUGAACGCAGUACAAGGCCGCUUGGGGAUUUCGCGAUCGACUACGUUUACGAUCCUCCUGCGGUACAAAUACAGAAGGAAUUUCGCGAGCAGCUCAAGAAUAUCAGUGACGUCAUCAAGCGCCGAAACGAGACUAGGGAAUGUCCAUAUCCCUAUUUGGACCCGGCGGAAAUUCCAAACUCUAUAAGCAUUUAAGAUCAAACGUUAAUGGACAGUGACACUAUCAUUUGUAACAGGAAAACGACAAUACUCUCACAUUCUUAUAAUAUUGUAUCGUACAUUUUUAAAUUAGCACUAUGUUUUCCCGUAGAUAUACUUAAUCCGACUAACAAUUCACGCAACAAGCGAUGCAUUUAAAUAAUUCUUUCUUGUUUGUUAUCAUCUUUAAUUCAGUGGAUCAUAAUGUAUACACUGCACAUACGAAUAGCAAACGUAUGUAUUUUAUGUAUAAAACACGUUGAAAUCAAGCAACGCAUUAUGUGCGUUUCGUUGAUAUUGAUAUUUGUGAAACAUACAAUGGAAACUUGUUUGUUUUAGUUAACAUUUGGAUUGUACUUCACCUAGUAAGCACCAAAAGCCAUAUUUUACGAGUGCCGUAGCCACGAGUUAUAUAUUUAUUUACUUUGUUUUAUGAUGUCAAAUAUAUAUUGCGAUAUUAAUUAGUACAUUAUUUAAUGAAAGUACAUAAAUUGACACUCAAUUGUAGUAUUUAAAAAAGCACGCCAAUUUGUAUGCGGACCUAACGCCAUUUCGUAAAUGACAUCGUUGAAAUUGUGUCCCAGCCAUGUGCGCAAUGACUUUUGAUUUGGAAGUGAGAGUCGGCUAAAUUUCCAAACAGAAACUAUUAUUAAAUUGUUAUUUCACUUUUUGAAACAGCGCAUCGAAUUGGUUGAUAUGUCGUUACAGUUCUUUUAUUAAAUGUCUCAGAUUUUAACGCAAUCUUAUUAAGAAUAAAAAAUCAUUUCGGGGUAAUUGAUGCUAUCUUAAAUGCAAUAGAUAGCUCAUACUAUGGCAUUCAAUAUUGCGUAAAUCCCCCAUAAAUGAAUGCUUACAUUUUUUAUUGUCGCUGCUCAUCAAAAUGAACGCAUGACAGAUAAACUGUUAAAACAAGGAUUUAGAUAUCAGAAAUUGAGGAAAACCUUUUUUAAGUUCUUUAUUUAGCAUUACGACAUACUCUCUAAAUACAGAUUUUACAGUCUUAUAUCUCUGAUUGUUAACGCUAUUACUCAUCCGAAUUUCUAUGGCGACAUUCUCAAAAAGCUUCGUAAAUUUAAAAUGCUUCCUCUAAUUGGACUUACUGAUCCACUUAAUGACCUUUUAUAUACUAAUUUGAAUCGCGGGUAUAAUGGUACUAUUUCACAUGAUACAUGUCUUCUGGUAUUUGAAUAAGAUUUUCUUGAAGACAUCAUUCAUGUUGAUCUCAACUCCUUGCAACGACAUUAAUUGACCAGCAUUUAUAACACUUAUGACAUUUUGUUUUAAGUUCCACAAGUUUGAAUUUAGCUUCAACUGACCUUUACUUCAUUUACCUUUUUCCGAUAUUAUAAUAAUGCUCAAUACCGUUUCCGAUCGAGGUGAGCGUUGCAAUCCGCGAAUGGUUUCCUUGAAGAUUGAAAGUUAUCUUUAAGCUUAUAUAUUUCGAUUUAGUAAAUAAUGAUUAAUGAUGGUACAAGUGUGAGGUAAUGGCCAUGCUAACUAGUUUAAGCCCCGAUAGACCUGAGUUCCAGUGAACUCUUGUUUCACCGACCGUUCAAAGGCGAUAAUCCCAUCACUUAACGGUUAAGCAAUUUUGAUGCGGUUAUGGUCUAUUUGCGGUGUUUGUAUUUAUGUAUGUGAUGUUAAUAUGUUGGUUUCCGUAGUUCAUUGUCGUUUGGGCCCUUGCAUUGGGCCCCUAAACAGGGUUUAUUUUUGAACUUUUGACUACUUGGCAUGCCCCUGUAUUUUCCUUUGUAUUAUUGUCUAUUUUUUUCGAAUCUUUCCGACACCGUAUUGAUGACGAAAUUAUUUGGAGAGCAUCUUCUAAGCAAACAUUAUGUUAAACAUGGAUGCAAUAUGUCGUUUUUCGGACGUCCCGUAUCAAGACAUUUUUUUUUGUUUUUGUAUGUUUAUACAUCGAAAGAAACAUUGAACAGGUUGAUAUAUCAUAAUAGUUUUUUUUUAUAAUAUGCCUCAUUUGAUUAGUUCCGGAUUUACACGCACUCUUUUUUAAUGAUCAAAUUUCAUUUCGGGGUCAUUUAUGAUAUCCUGAAUGAUAUAUGUCAAACUAGGGUAUUACAGAUCGCUUGCAUGUGCCCCCAAAAUGAAUUUCAAUCCUAGUGUUUACAUUUCGAAUUCUUUCUUUCUUCAGAAAUAAAGUAAAACU